CAGCGGUUUGGUUGAGGGUUGUUUAUGAAUCGCUCUGUGUGUGUAUGAGACAGAACACGGCGCGGUUCAGUUAGAAAGAUGGAAGAUGGAGUGCAGCAGCGGGGCAGAGGAGACACAGCGAACAGCAGCAGCAGCGGAGCUAACUAACAAUACCACACAGUGAACACCAUGACAUCCACAAUGAUUUCAGUUCCCACCACAGCGUCACGCUUCGCCCUCCUGCAGGUGGACUCUGAUUCAGGCUCGGAAUCUGAUGGAGGCAAGCCUAAAGGUGGUCGAGAACCUGGGAAGUCACGCUCAGGGAAACCUUCCAGUGGCAAACCUAACCCGAACACUGAGAAGAAGAAGGAGAAGAAGAAGCGAAAGAAGGAGCAGCAGCAAAGUGAAACCAAUGAGCUCAGGAGCCUUGCCUUCAAGAAGCUGCCCCAGAAGUCCUCUGCCCCGUCUCCUAAUCUGACACUGCAGAGUUUAGCCAAUGAUUUGCUGCAGCCCCCAACCAAGGAUCGCACCUCAGCCCCACAGGAGAACUGGCAGGAGUGGAAGCAGAGAGAUGAACAGCUGACCAGCGAUUUGUACGAAGCAGACCUGGAAAAGGCCUUAAUUCUGAGUAAGCUAGAAUUUGAGCAGCAAAAAAAGGAUACUCCAAGUGUGGAAACGCCAUCACCAAAGUCCAAAGGAGGAGGGAAGAAAGAGAAAAAGAAGAAUCAGCAGGGGAAGGAUAAGCGCAUCACUGUGUCUCUAAAAGACUUUCAGCAAGAGGGAGGCAUGGAUCCGCUGAGUAAGAGGCCAGAGAGAGAGGAGCAGAAGCCUGUGAACCCAGCGGCCCGUGACGAGAGGUUCUUCAACCAGCUGGAGGACGAUGUGAGCAAGAUCGUCCAGAGAGACAAGCGCCGAGAGCGGUACAGCAGCAGCGCCGGGCACGAGGUCAACACAUCCUCUGAACAAGAGCAGGAUGUUCGAACAGAACAGUUAAAGUUUGAGUUGGAAAAGAAAGAUAGGGAAAUAGAAAAGCUGAAGAAGACAAUUACACAAUGGGAGGAGCGAUAUAAAGAAGUGAAGGCGAGAAAUUCUCAGUUACUUAAGAUGCUUCAACAAGGAGAGAUGAAAGACAAAGCAGAAAUCCUGCAGCAAGUGGACGAGCUUCUGAAUAUUAAAGAGGAGCUGACAUCACAGGUGACGUCACUGCAUGCAGCAUUAGAACAGGAGAGAUCAAAGGUGAAGGGCUUACAGUCAGAACAACCAAAACAUCAGACCAACCGGAAGGGAAAGAAGGGAACAGACGGAGAUUCAUGAAGACAGACCAUGAAAGAAAGACAACAACAGCUUUAGCAGAGCUCCAACCUCUGGCUUUUUUGUCGUCUUCAUCACUGACCCACUCCCACACUACACACACACACACACACACACUUCUCUUAUACACUCUGAAACUCAGAAAAAGCUUUGUGUCAAACUCCUUCUGACUCUUCACGACAACAGUUGUCUCAUAAUGCCUGUGGGCAGAAUUUGCCCUUGUGUGCUGCUGUUUUUUUUUUUUCUGGAACUGGUGGUCCCAGCCUGCUUUCAGGUUAACCUGUAACAAAUUUAUUGAUUUGCACAUUGAGUUUUUAGCCUUUCUUUAUUGGCCCAACACCUUUUUUUAUAUACUUUGCUUUAUUCAUUAAAAGCAAAACAGCUGUAAGGUACAUGCUACAAGUGCUACUCUACGUCUUCUCAUUGAUCAUGAAUGAUGAAUGUGGGGGAGUCAGACAGGAUGAAAUAAUUUGAAUGUGAGUUUGCCAAAAACACCAUUAUAGUUAAUUCAUGUUGUCCUGUGGGCAACGUACCUUAAUUGGAUUAAAUCUUUUCAUGUCAUGGAAAAGAAAGUUCAAGACAACACAUAAUUCAGUGUCAAUCAGAAAGCAGUAUUUAGAGUCCUGUUGUUAUUGUCUUUACUGGAAUGUGCUGCCCCCUGCUGGUGACAAAUUGCCACUUUAUCUCCACAACACAGCGACCCAAACCUUUGCUGUUCUGUACACUGAAAGCUAAAGGGGUGUAUUAUUGAGUUCUUUUUAAUAAAGAGACUAAUCUACUUUUUCAAAGCACA